AUGGUCACCACAGCAGACCCCUUCGAGGAGGCCACCGACUCAGGAGAUGGCCACACAGGCAGCACUGAGACGGGUGACCCCGAGGCCAUGGACCUCAGCUCAUACCAGCAACCCAUGGACCCCGAUCACGAGGAGGAGCACGAUGAUGAUGACGACGAGGGAAACGUCAGCAAAGCAGUACUGGAGCUCUCUGGAAUGGUUCAAGACCAUCCUGCUCGGAUACUAGCUGAUACCGGUGCUGGUUUGUCCAUAGUCUCAGAUUCUUUCAUUAGUAAGUACCAAAUACCCACAAAACCCAUAAAAACAAGAUCGAUCCAUGGUGUCACCGGGCACCAACUCUCCAUCAAUAGUUCUGCGAGCAUGCAGGUAUCUAUUGGUACACACAAUCUGGGUGUGGUCGAAGCUUCAGUGGCCGACACUGCGGACUAUGACCUCAUCCUGGGGUUCACUGAGCUACGGAGGCUCAAACCCACCAUACAAUGGGAUACGGGCCAGCUGGAGUUCAAGACUCAGGAGCAGGACCGACCCCCUAGGAGACCCCCUGAAGCAGCAAGAGCAGGGGACCUAACCAUGAGGAGACCAACCCUUCAUGGUAACGAGUUUGUCUCAGCAGAGCGCAUACUACGAGCAGCUCUGGAAGAUGGACCCAUAGGGUUCAUGCUGUUAGAGGAGCCACCAUCAUCACUCCCAGCCUUUGGUUUUGUACCUACAGGCGCAGACAAAGGAGUAGAGAUGGAGGUAGAGGUGGACAAGGUGGUGAUGGCUGCAGAUAUACCAAAGCCAUACCAACACCUGCGAGAUGUGUUUGAUGAAGUGGAAGCAAACAAGCUGCCCCAUCAUACCAAGCAUGAUCUCCACCUCGAGUUGUUAGAAGGAGGUAAGCCACCUCAAGGGCCCCUGUACCUUAAGGGGCCCAAGGAGAUGUCCAAGUUGAGGAGGUACUUGGAUGAGAACCUCGAGAAGGGGUUCAUAAGACCAUCGAAGAGCCCGGCACGAUCACCAGUGCUCUUCGUACCAAAGAAGGAUGGAGGUCUCAGACUCUGUGUGGACUACAGAGGUCUCAACGAGAUCACUGUCAAGAACAGGGCACCAUUGCCCCUCAUCGAGGAGCAGCUGUUCUUACUCAGGAAGGCAAGGAUCUAUACCAAGCUAGACCUUAGAGCAGCAUACAACCUCAUCCGGAUUGCUAAAGGAGAUGAAUGGAAGACAGCUUUUGGCACUCAGUUGGGACUCUAUGAGUACCUAGUGAUGCCCUUUGGCCUAGCUAAUGCUCCGGCUCACUUCCAGUCAUUCAUCAAUGACAUCUUCCGAGACAUCAUUGGAGUAUAUGUAGUGGUAUACUUAGAUGACUUCCUGAUCUUCAGUGACACUGAAGAGGUACAUGUGAAGCAUGUCACCGAGGUCCUCACUCGCUUAAGGAGCAACAGGCUCUUUGCUAAGCUGUCAAAGUGUGAGUUCCACACCAAGACAGUCGAGUUCCUGGGGUACAUCAUCAAGCCAACGGGCAUAGAGAUGGACCCAGAAAAGGUGCGCACUGUCAAGGAGUGGCCAAUGCCAGAGUCGAUCCAUGACAUCCAGAGGUUCCUGGGUUUUGCCAACUUCUAUCGAAGGUUCAUAGCCCACUUUGCUCGCAUAGCCAAGCCCUUGACAGCACUGGUAAAGCCUAUAGAACGGUUCAAGAAGCUCGAGCUACCAGAGGAGGCCCAACAGGCCUUCCACAAGCUCAUCCAGGCCUUCACAUCAGCAGGAGUGCUUCAGCACUUCGACUACCACCUUCCCACAAGGUUGGAGACUGAUGCAAGUGACUUUGCUAUAGCAGGAGUGCUCAAGCAGGAGCAUGAAGGACGAUGGCAUCCAGUGGCCUUCUACUCUAGGAAGAUGUCUUCUGCCGAGAAGAACUAUGAGAUCCAUGAUAAGGAGCUCCUAGCUGUGGUCGCCUGCCUCACUCAGUGGCGACACAUGCUAGCUGGACUACCGAACCAACUGGUCAUCCUCACUGACCAUGAAGCCCUCAAGUACUUCAAGUCACAGAGACGCAUCACAGGUCGACAGGCUCGAUGGGCCAUACUACUAGCAGACUUCGACUUCAUAUUGCAGUAUCGACCAGGAGACAAAGGUGGUGAACCCGAUGCUCUUACCAGAAGGACAGACAUGCAACCAGCUGGUGAAGAGCAGGAUCACAAUGUGAGGCAAUUACUGCCUCCUCGAGUAUUCAAGGAGACAGCAGACCAUGACUCGCUCCUAGUGGCCCCCAUGAUCUCGAUGGAGUCCAUAGCAUCAAAAGGUCUCAAAGACCUGCUACAGGAGAUACAUAGGAAGAAGCCUUUCGAACUCAAGGAUGACCUAUGGUACAGUGGAGGAAGGUUGGUUAUCCCCAAGCAUCUGCGAUUCAUGGUGAUGACCCAAUGUCAUGAUGGUAUCACUGCUGGACACGUAGGAAGAGAUGCUACCAUCAAGGCAGCUCAACGACAUUACUGGUGGCCAAACAUGACAGCUUGGAUUGCAGACUAUGUAGCAAGUUGUCCUGUAUGUGCUAGGUACAAAGCUCCUCGUCAUCGUCCAUAUGGUUUGCUACAGCCACUAGCAACCCCAGACAGGCCCUGGGGCUCCAUAUCCCUCGACUUCAUUGAAGGACUACCACCAUCAAAGAAGUAUGACUCCAAGACCUAUGACUCUAUCCUAGUCAUCGUCGACAGGUUAACUAAGUUUGCCAUACUAGCUCCAACCCAUAAGACAGUCACGGCCAAACAGACUGCAGUAUUGCUAUAUGGACACAUGGUUAGACUCUUCGGAUAUCCAGAUCACAUGGUCUCGGACCGAGGCAGGCAGUUCAUAUCAGGAGCAUGGAAGGCAUUUGCAGAGCAAAUGGGUGUGAAGCACUCACUUAGCACGGCCUACCAUCCUCAAACUGAUGGUCAGACAGAGAGAGUCAAUCAGGUCAUAGAGCAAUAUCUCAGGAUGUACUGCAACUAUGAGCAGAAUGACUGGGCCAACCUGCUGGACACUGCGGCCUUUGUAUAUAACAACACGGUCCACAACAGCAUUGGUGUCUCACCAUUCUUUGCAUGCUAUGGAUGGAACCCCAAAGCUCAUCCUGACAUCCCUCAACGACUAGGAGUCAAUGAUCCAGGUCGCUUCGAGUACCUCAUGGAUGGAAAGGAGCGUUGCAAGUACCUCCAGGAGCAGAUCAGAGAGGCACAACGUAGAUCAGUAAACCAGUAUAACAGGAAGCACAAGGACAUCGAGUUUAAGGUGGGUGAUAUGGUCUAUAUCAACCGACGAAACUGGAAGACAAGGAGACCCACACCCAAGUUAGACACCCGGUUCGCAGGACCCUACCCAGUUCAGGAACGGAUAGGACGCCGAGCUUAUCGAAUCACAUUGCCAGCAAACCUUAGGGUGCAUGAUGUGUUCCAUGUCUCCAUGCUCGAGCCAGCAAGAACAAGUUCUCUUCCUCAACGUGCUGAACAGCCCACCAUACCAUCACUUCCAGAUGAGGACCUCGAUUUCGAAGUCGAAGCACUCAUCGACAAGCGUUCACACAAUGGGACUACGGAGUACAAGGUGUUGUGGAGAGGGUACUCAGAGGAAGCUGCUUCAUGGGAACCAGUAGAGAACCUCAACUGUCCCGACCUCAUCCAGGAGUAUGAGGUGUCGGAGGGGGGACGAGUGAGUAGACAGAGUGGAGAGAGGAGGAGAGAACAGGAGGAGUAG